UCCGCCGACUCGAUGCGGCGCUAUCGUACAAUGCAAUAACUAAAAUACUAUUCUACCGUGAAAAUCAUCAUGCUAUUUGUUUAUACCUACUAUGGAUUUGAUUGUAUGACCUCAAGUAUUCACUAACAAUAAUAGUAUUAUGUUGUAGUGUGAAUUUUGAAUCGUUUAGUUACUGUAAAACGACUCGACAACGUUCAUUUUAGUGUGGAAUGGUGAUUAUAAGUAAUUUCUUUGCUUUUACGGUGUAGGGUUGUUCGGUAGGUACUCGGUACGUAUCGAUCGUGUAUUGAAACAAAGCUGUGGAUUGUUUUGGUGUUUUGGAGCUUAAAGGUACCCUGUGCCGCGUUGGAUGCCCGUGCAAGUCGGUAUGGAGUGUUGAGUGAUGGUGCAUUGAUAACGUGCCGUUACACAAGUGAUAGUGUUAACAGUGCCACAAAGUGCUGAAUGGAUUGUGUCUAUCUUGGAUUGUCAUCGCCAGUCGUCAUUAGCAAAAGUUGGGAACGGGCUACAAUGGUGUGUGCGAGCGCGGCGCAGGCGGGGCCGGGCGCGGACUGCGUGCGGCGCGCAUGGCGGCGCCAAUGAGGGAGGGCGGAGCACGGCCCGCGCACCUCGCGCACGCGACCAACUUCGAGUACGAUGACAACGAGUGGGACAUCGGCAUCGGCGACCUCAUCAUAGACCUCGAUGCCGACAUAGAGAAGACGGCCGAGGCGGGCGGCAUGGCGGCGCGGCCGGAACCCGACGCGCAGCGCACCGCGCUCAAGAUGAAGAUCAAGCGCACCAAGCCCGGCACCAAGAGCUGCGAGGCCAAGCACGAGAUCGUCAAGUCCAACGAGAUGAACGGCGAGCCCAAGACGGGCGCCGGCGCCUCCGCCGCCGCCAAGCGCGGCUCGGGCGGCCACCGCCGGGACAAGGCGCGCGACAAGCACCACCAGCCGCCCCCGCCCCCGCACGACGCCGCCGGGGCCCGCGUGCCGCCGCCGCCAAACGCGCCCGGCCCGCCCGCGCACCUCGCCCCCGCGCCCCACGGGCCGCACGCGCCGCUGACCAAGCCGGAACCCCGGCCCCCGGCGCCGCCGACCACCCCCGCGAGCCCCGCGCCCCCACCUGCCACUGCCGCCACUACGGCCGCGCCCGUUGCGCCCCCGCCGGCCCCCGCGUCACCCGCAAAUACCGAAACCACCGACGACUCAAGACAAGAACCCCACAACUCUCAGCCACCUGCAAAGAAACAGAAAACAGAUACAAAGGAAACAGCAGAAGUCUGCGUAGGAACAUCAGUUGGAACAAUAACGGAGCCGGACUGCUUGGGGCCCUGUGAGCCUGGUACAUCAGUCACGCUGGAGGGCAUCGUGUGGCACGAAACGGAAGGUGGUGUGCUGGUGGUGAAUGUCACUUGGCGAGGGAAGACCUACGUGGGCACACUGCUGGACUGUACCAGGCACGACUGGGCACCCCCCAGAUUCUGCGAUUCCCCCACCGAGGAGUUAGACUCCCGAACCCCCAAAGGUCGAGCGAAGCGUGGCCGCGGCGCGAAUCCCACAGACAUGACCAACUUCACUGAAACCAGGUCCUCCGUGCACAGCAAGCUGAGGAACGGUGGAGCGAAGGGUCGCCGCGCACUCCCGUCACCCACACCAUUCACUCCACCUCGACCUGACUCUAAGCGGAAACGGAACUCAGAGGCCGAAGAACGACCGCCGACUCCUAAAGCGAAAAGACCUCCGCCUACUCCGUCUUCGCCGCCUCCAGAUCCAGUUCUCCUGGAAUGCCCUGAGCCGAACUGUUCCAAGAAGUACAAGCACGCGAACGGUCUGAAGUACCACCGGUCCCACGCGCACGGCACUCCCGACGACGAAGAAAAAGACGGAUCCAGUUCGGAGCAAGAGGAGUCCGUCCCGGAGCCAGCGUCGCCGGCCGGGCCACCUUCGGCGCCGCCCACUCCGGUCACUCCAGUCAAAUCGCCAACACCAACGAAGUCUCCGGAAGAGAAGAGUGAUAAAUCUCCAGAGAAGUCGCCUGAGAAGCCGGAAGCGGUAGAGUCACCUCCGCAACCCAGGUUCGAGGAAUUCGUGCCGAUGCCGGAACCCGCGCCCGCCGCGGAGAGGACGGUCACACCGCCGCCAGCUGUCACUCCGCCGCCUGACACGCUGCCCGCUGUCACCCCCACCGCCUUCAAGGUGAAGCCGCGAUCAGCGUUGAUGCCGUCAGAAGAGCGCAAGUCAACGGAGUCCAACCCUGACGAGUCUCCGGGCAAGAGACGCGCCAGACGCUCGCCUACGCCCGGCGUGCGCUCACCGGCGUACUCCGACAUCUCGGACGACGCGGCGCCGACAGAGGGCGCCCCGGACACCGACCCGGCGCACAGGCCCUACCCUGUAUAUCAUCAGUACUACGGCCAGCCACCAUUUCUGCCCACGAGCCACCAGUCGGCUGCGCCACCAUCCACUGCCCCUGACAAGGGUAAGGAGGACCUCGGCAAGGGAGACGCCAAGACCGAUCUAAAGGACGUGAAACAAGAGAGCGGUCCACAGAAAGUCCUCCCCCAGCACUUCUACCCGUACAACUAUGUGCCCAACUUUCCGUACAACGUGGAGAGUGGGCCGGCGCCCGCAGAAGACAAACCUAAAGACCUGGAGCGCUCCAAGAACCCCAGCCACCUUGAUGACAAGAAGCAGCGCCCCGAUGGCAAGGAGCCCCGCCCCAACGACACUCACCAGAUCCUGAAGGAGAGCAUCGAGAUGAAGGCGCAGAUGGGCUCUUAUGCGUUUCAGAGGCCACCGCAUACCAGGGAAGAAGAAUUGAGGAGGUACUACAUGAGUUUAGAGCAGCGGCGAAAAGAAGGCAGUGACGGGAAGCCCCCCGGAGUCCCGCUUAACUCAGGUGUUCUGCCCCCCGGAGCCAGGCCUCAGCCCCAACCGGCUCACAAACCACAGAAGGAUAAAGACGACAAACCAAAGGAAGAAGUUAAGGUCAAGCAAGAAGGUCAAAAACCAACGACAGAGACGCAGGGGCCGCCGCCCCCGCCCACCUCGCAGUACUACCUGCCCCCCUACAUGCAGCCCCCGCACUAUGGCGGCCUACCCUUCGACCCCGUGUACAGAGCCCCCCUGAGCCCCAUGCUUGUGGGGGGCUUCGGGGGCGGCUGGACUGUGCCGAGGUACCACGCGCCCGAGGAUCUAUCGCGACCAGGAGCACAGGGGAAGCUGGACUUGAUGCCGGGCCACGGGGGGCAAUACGCGUACGGGCCGCCGCACAGCGCCCCCCACAAGAUACACGAGCUACAGGAACAUGCGAAGUCGCCGCAAGGCAAGCCCCCCCGGCCGGAGCCCCCCAAGGAGUCCCCGCGGUCGCCGCCCCCCCAACGUCACGUGCAUACACACCAUCACACGCACGUGGGGCUCGGAUACCCGCUCUACCCGCCCCCCUAUCCAGCGGCUGCAGUGCUGGCGAGCACGCAGGCGGUCGUCAAUUCGUUCCCGACUCCACCCAAAUGAGACAAGGACAAUUUAAAUAAGGACUCUAACCAAAUGGUGAAGACUAAGUGAACUAUGUGAAAGUGAUAGUGAAAUGGACAAGUGAACUGUGAUUGACAGUGGACAAGUUGUAUUGUGAUCCUAGUGUUGUGUUGUGUAUGAAGACUUAGUGUUCCCGAACUGAAGUUACCCCGAUGUUGAUUGUUGACUGUGUGAAUAGAGAAACGAUAAACCAGACUCUGUCGCUCUCUCAUACCCUAGUGGAGGCACAAACUGGCUGUAUAUAGUAGUAUUAGUAUAUGUAAAAGUGUUCAGUGUAAUGUAUAAAGCUACAUCGAAUUGUAUGGGGCGUUGAACUGAACAUUGAAGCCCCGUCAAGGUCUAUGAGCAUUCCACAAGCAAAUGCGAUCGUAUAGUUUCUAAUUAAUAUUUAGUUGGUAGUGUAAGGAGUUAAUGUGAUGAUGAGUCGUAGCAUGCACAAAUCUUACUAUGUGAGUCGUGAGAUAUUUAUAUUGUAUCGUAGAGAAUCCUAUAGAAAUGUGGAGUGUUCGCUAUGCGUCAUGUAUGUCUGGCUUAUAAUAUAUUGUAAAGGACGACAUAGCUCGAUUUUCUUAAGCAAGGGAUUGUUUCUAUUGUCAUGCACCAUAGAUAUCCUUCAGUGAUGUGUUAGUCUAAUACCUUAGAUAAUUUAUACGUCUAGAUAGAGUCUCUUGCUGUCACACAACCGAUAAAAACAGGCCAGGAAUAUUUAUUUACUGUGUGUGACAAGCUACGUCUUAAACUCGCGAUUUGUGUGUCACUGUGCAUGAUUUCCUCAAAAUAGGGGUUAAUUCUAAACUCAAUUUUUUUGAAGUUUUCACAGCUGUCAUUGUCUAUCUAGGUAUAUAAAUGACCUAAGUCUAAUUUAUGUUUUAAUGCUCCAGAAUCUUGAACUCAUAAUAAUCUAAUAAUAAAACAGUUAUAGUUCAAAACAUACAAUAGUAUUGUUUUUCGUUUUCGAAAAAAUUUCAUUGUCAUUAAUUAAUAUAUACAUAAAUAUAUAACUAGAAACUGGAGCAUAAUCUAUACAGACUAGUCUUCCAGUUGAUAGAAGAAGACCCUCAUAGAAAGCUAUUGCCAUAUAUUAUAAUAAAUAAAUUUUAAAUACUGCCAAAAUGCUCUCUGGUUGGUUUUGUUUGCUGGGGCUCGCUCAAAUCUGAUUGUUUAUAGUUUAAUUACUUAUCAAGUAUAUGCGCGGUUUUAUAGAGAAUUGUAACUAUUUCUGAGGAGAUUUCUCAUUGAUAGAUAAAUGAUUGUUAAUUCCAAAUAUUUGAUUGAGAUCCUUGAGAGAAUACUUGAGAUUUGUGGGGAGAUAUCUGAUUCAAUGAAUAAUAUAAUAAUAGAAAAAUACCUCCUUAGAUCAUUACAGAAUUGUGAUCUAUUAUAGUAAUAUCUAUGUUAAUAUAAUUUAUUUUAACCAGAGCAAACAACAAAACGUAAUAUAAGGAUAUUUUCAACUUUAAUAAUUAGACAUUAAUAUUUUUAAUGUCUAAUUAUUAUAUCAAUUACCAAUUACAUUAUUAUUUAUUACCAAUAAAGCAAUUCAGGAUUAAAACUUUUCAUCCAAUGUAUUUAAAAUGUGUAACAUAAUUUACAUAUCAAAUAUUUCUGAAAAUCGCUAUAUAUCCUAUAAAGCCUCAAAUAUGUUAAAUAAUUAAUAUGAAAGAUUACUUGUAUAUUAAAAUCAUCACUUUGUUGUAUGUCUGCAAUGAGCAUCUUUCAAUUUAAACUUUGCUCGAAUGUCAAAAAUCUUUGAUAAUCACUGCGAGUAUUAUUCUGAAAUAUGACACAAACCUUUGAUUGCAUUUAUGUGUGACUUUACAGAAGUUGCCCUUCGUUUUGUAUUUAUUGUUAUAUCAGUGCUUCUUAUAUGUUGGCUCUGGAGUUAUUUAUGUUUGUAUGAACACUUUACAAUACAUAGCUCCCGAUGGAUGCUAAUGGAAUUAACUUUGUAUAGAAAUAUCUGGUCUGGUUAAUUUUAUAAGAGUGUAAUAAAACUGGUGUAAGAAGCAUUUUAAUGCGAUUGUGGGGUAGAAUUUUAAUAUUCAUCAAACUGUAAAGUAAAAAUAUAAGAAAAAUUCAAGUUGACUCUUAUCCAAGUUAUUGUUUCCACACCAGAGGCCUAAUAAUGAUUAAAGGCGAUCGGAGAUUAUGUUUUAUUGUUAAAGUUUGAUCGCUUAAGCUCUACUUAGAACUGUUCUAUUUAAAUUGUGUAUGUACAGCACUGUUGUAUGAAUGUUGAUGUGUAAAUAAACUUGAUCUCGUGUAGCGCAGUGCACCCUAUACUUUAGCCUAGACUGAAUUGUGAACGAUCGGGCGAGUCUGCUUAUAUUUUCAUUUUAUACCAGUGUCAAAAACACCGCGGCGUUGUAAUAAUAGUAUCGAAUAUACAUGUGUAUUUUUUUUGAUGUAACUAAUGCGAACUUUAAUUUUCUUAGAAAAGAAAUUGGAGACGUUAAAAAAGGAAUAAAGAUAAAUUAUUUCUUAUAA